AAUCCUCAACGUCCUCUCUUUCUUAAUUCUCAACACCCACACAACACCUCUCUACUUUUCUCAAUCAACACUGUUUGUUUGUGUCAAACACCAUAAACCAUUGUAUCUUUUUUCUUUGUUCUUUGUCUAGGUCUUGGCACUUUAUUAUUUUCCAUCAAAAAUAAAAAUUCAGAGCAGAAUAACAACAAUUCAGGAAAACAAAAAAACUCAGCCACAUAAUUUCCUUCAACUCAUGGCUUGUACUGAGCAUGGCCAUGGCUCUGUGUUGUUGGGUUUGGUGUUGUUGAGUUUAGCUGCUUCACAAAGUUGUUGUUAUGGUUUGAGCACAUUUGGGUUUGACAUACACCACAGGUUCUCGGAUCAGAUUAAGGGGAUGCUUGGCAUUGAUGAUGUUCCUCAAAAGGGAACUCCUCAAUACUAUGCUGUCAUGGCCCACAGAGAUCGCGUAUUCCGGGGCCGGAGACUCGCCGGCGCCGAUCACCACUCGCCUCUCACCUUCGCCGCCGGCAAUGACACUCACCAGAUUGCUUCCUCUGGAUUUUUGCAUUUUGCCAAUGUUUCGGUUGGGACACCACCUUUAUGGUUUUUGGUAGCGUUGGAUACAGGGAGUGACUUGUUUUGGUUACCUUGUGAUUGUAUCAGUUGUGUGCAUGGUGGUUUAAGGACAAGAACUGGAAAGAUACUUAAAUUUAAUACCUAUGAUCUUGAUAAGUCAUCCACAAGCAAUGAAGUUUCAUGCAACAAUAGCACCUUUUGUAGACAAAGACAACAGUGUCCUUCAGCUGGCAGCACUUGUCGAUAUCAAGUUGAUUAUCUUUCAAAUGAUACUUCAUCUAGGGGAUUCGUGGUAGAGGAUGUGUUGCACUUAAUUACAGAUGAUGAUCAAACAAAAGAUGCUGACACAAGAAUUGCUUUUGGUUGUGGCCAAGUUCAAACUGGUGUGUUUCUAAAUGGGGCAGCUCCAAAUGGCCUAUUUGGACUUGGAAUGGAUAAUAUAUCUGUUCCUAGCAUCCUAGCCAGAGAAGGGCUUAUUUCAAAUUCCUUUUCAAUGUGUUUUGGAUCUGACAGUGCUGGAAGAAUCACGUUCGGUGAUACUGGCAGCCCGGACCAACGAAAAACACCAUUCAACGUCAGGAAAUUGCAUCCAACUUAUAACAUCACCAUAACCAAAAUCAUUGUGGAAGAUAGUGUUGCUGAUCUUGAGUUUCAUGCAAUUUUCGACUCUGGUACCUCGUUUACAUACAUAAAUGACCCAGCUUAUACACGAAUUGGUGAGAUGUACAAUUCAAAAGUCAAAGCAAAGCGGCAUUCAUCUCAAUCACCUGAUUCUAAUAUCCCCUUUGAUUAUUGUUAUGACAUAAGUAUAAGCCAGACAAUUGAAGUUCCCUUUUUGAAUCUAACAAUGAAAGGUGGAGAUGAUUAUUAUGUCAUGGAUCCUAUAAUACAAGUUUCUAGUGAGGAGGAAGGAGAUCUUCUUUGUUUGGGAAUCCAGAAAAGUGACAGCGUGAAUAUCAUUGGACAAAACUUCAUGACUGGUUACAAAAUAGUCUUCGAUCGUGACAACAUGAAUCUUGGUUGGAAGGAAACUAAUUGUUCUGAUGAUGUGCUCUCAAAUACAUCCCCAAUUAACACACCAUCGCACUCUCCUGCUGUUUCUCCUGCUAUUGCUGUGAAUCCCGUGGCUAGAUCGAAUCCAUCAAUUAACCCACCUAAUCGAUCAUUCAUGAUCAAACCUACCUUUACAUUUGUGGUGGUCCUUUUGCCACUUAUAGCCAUUUUUUGAGCAUUCCUAUGCCCAUUCCAUCAUGUAUUAUUCAAAAUAAUAGUUUUUCUUCUUUUCCAUUUACUAACGAGAAGCAUUAUUGCUUCCCUUUUUUGUUUUUCAGUCAUAAUAGCCUCUGAUGGCCUUGUAUGUAAUGUAACCAACAUAGAGGUAAACUAGAGAAAGUUCAGUUCUUAUAUAAUACUCAUGUUUCUAAUUUUAAAGAUAAUGUACUAAGUUUAUCCUUGUAUUAA